AUGUAAACACAGAUAAAUUAAAUUUAUCUGUAAAAUCAAAUGAUAAUAAAAACUAAAUAAAGUAAUCCCAUCUAAUUUGGAUCAAAUCUGUUAAGUAAUAGCUAACAUUCAUUGAGCUUCUCUUCUCCUUUUUUUUCAAUAAUUAAAUUAAUCAAAAUAUAUACAAACAAACAAACAAAAUAAAAUAAAACAAAACAAAUCAUAACAAAGAAUUAUAAAAGGAUGGCUGGUUUUAGUAUAAAUGAAAGCUCCUAUAAAGAAAAAGAUAAUAAAGAAGAAGACGUAGCUGACUCUUUGAGUGACCGUCUUACUUACCAUUCUUAGUCAGUAGAAGACAGUAUAGACAAUGAACACCAUCAAACAUAAAUUGACUAAUACCAUUUGCUAAAAAAGAAGAAGAAAUACUUGCUUAUAAACAACAUUGUAGCUAUUUUUAAUUUAGUUGUUUAAGGAUUUUUAUUAGCUAUGUAUAUCUUUUUAAUGAAGAUCAGCUUCCAUAGAGAAUUAUUUAUCUUUUUCAUAAUCAGUGCCAUCGCAGUAACAUUAGUUGAAUUAAUUUCAAUUUUCAUGCUCAGCUCACAUAAUAAAACAAAGAGAAUUUACAUUUCUAUAUUUACCUCAAUUGCUUUUGAUAUAUUACAAGCCAUAUGCAAUAUAAUUUGCCUCAUUAGUAUCCAGAAAUCAAGUUUUUGUGGUUUGUUUUUUUGGAGUAAAAAUGAAUGCUUUAAAAGCGAAAACCUCUAUGACUUCAUCGAAAAUUAUUGUGAGUUGUAAAAUGAUACUUACGAAAUAUCAAACACAAUUUAUAAUAAUUUGAGUUCAUGCUUGAUAAAUUAAAAAACAUCAAAACACUAAUUCGAAAACUAAAUGACAAUUAUUAACAACCAAGCUUAUUUAUUAAUACUAUAUGCUUCAAUUAUUUAUAAAAUGACCGUUAAUAUUAUUUUAAAAUCUCUUGUCCUAUUCAAAUGCUUCUAAAUUAACAAAAAAAUGAUUGCUACUUAAAAAUAAUUGCACCAAAUUAUAAAAAAUCAUUAUCAUAUCUCAAAAAAUAAAUUUGCUAAUUGA